AAAGUAUGUAACUACUAUUUUAAAAAGGCAGAGAAAAGGAAUCGAAUUAAAAGCUCAUCAUCGAGGAGCGCGUCAGAUUCUAUCUAUAUAGACGAGACGAAAGUGUUCUCUCGGAUCUCUCUCUAAAACCCUAACUCUGAUCAAUCAAAUUCGGCAGCAGCGAGAUUAUGGCCAACAGCAAUCUUCCCCGAAGAAUCAUCAAGGAAACGCAACGUCUGCUCAGCGAACCGGCUCCAGGUAUAAGUGCAUCUCCAUCUGAGGAGAACAUGAGGUACUUCAACGUUAUGGUUCUUGGUCCUUCUCAAUCACCUUAUGAAGGAGGUGUUUUCAAGUUGGAGCUCUUUUUGCCUGAAGAGUACCCUAUGGCAGCUCCCAAGGUUAGGUUUCUCACCAAGAUAUACCAUCCUAAUAUUGACAAGCUGGGAAGAAUCUGUCUUGAUAUCCUGAAAGACAAAUGGAGCCCUGCUCUACAAAUACGAACAGUGCUCUUAAGUAUUCAAGCUCUUCUGAGUGCACCAAACCCUGAUGAUCCAUUGUCUGAGAACAUCGCUAAGCAUUGGAAGAGUAAUGAGGCUGAAGCUGUGGAGACAGCUAAAGAAUGGACCCGUCUGUACGCAAGCGGCGCAUGAUGGGAUGGGAAGGGUGAAAACAUCUCAUAUUCAUCCAAUUAACAUUUACAUCUCGUGAUAAUCUAUCUCAACUUCAAAGUUACAAAAAGCUUAUAUUUUACUGUGUUUCGGCACAGGAAGCUGUAAUCUCUCUGAAUCAUUUACUAAUAGAUGAUCUUCUCUAUUAGUCAAGUUUGCUUGAAUUUAAAGAUUAUUUACUCUGUA